CCCAUCUCCAAGCUUCCUUGUAUUUUGCAGCCCUCCGCUUGACGGGGCCUCCGUCUUCUGGUCAAUCGUGAUUCUGACGGUCACCAGGCCCACGCGUCGCUAUUUGCUGAGUCCGUUGUUGGCCCAGGGUACUCCGAUCCCCACAUGACAUGUCUCGCUCGUCGGCCAUCUCAUCAACCUUUCGAGAACGGUUUUCAUCCUAUCUCAUUAGGACAGGCCCUUGGGUAGUCAUAUCUUCAAGUCGCUGGCCGUAGCUGCGUCGUGCGGCCACUUAUCGACGUCAUGGCGACGGCAAUCUCCAAGCCAACCUCACAUCCCCCGAAGAUGAAGCGCCCUCCCCCGCCCUUCGUCCAGACCGGAGUGAACGGAGUGAAGCAUUCACACGUCUCAUCCUCUCCGCAGUCCGCGUCAAAGCGACUUCCCGGGACAAACCAGUUGACUUCGGCCAACUCUGCCGGCGGUCCUACGUCGAACCACCUCGGCGUGGCGGCCAAUUCCGCGAACAAUGCCAUGCAUAGGGGACCGCUCAGCAGAGCCAGGAAGGAUGCACAGAGACCUGGUGAACAGUCUGCACGGCUGCAGCGACAGUCGACAAGAACUAUGCCGCUAGAGCAUAACGGACGUGUGCUUAAGAAAUCCCCAGAACCAUAUGGUAAGCCUCUGUUUUACGACCUAGUUGUCACGUCCGGUCCAGUGUCUGAUUACUGAUAAUCCCAUCCUUUAUACGUCUAUACAGUCAAAACAACCUCCCAUAUCCUGAAGAAAUUCGCAAAAUCUCCUCCCUCCCUCAUCGUCCAUCUUUAUCCGACCCACUUCCGAUUUGAACAGCAGGAUGGCAGUUUUCCCUAUAACUCAGAGAUGAAGGUUAUCAUUGAACAUAUUCGCGCAGGUACAGUCCCGCAUGAUAUGGUGGAAGAACUUCUGCGAGCUGGCGUUCGAUUUUACGAAGGUUGUCUUAUCGUUCGUGUGGUGGAUCACAAGUCAGUGUCAACCCAGGCUCGUAAAUCGUCCGCAUCUUCGUCAGAUGACAAGAAUGAGCCGUUUUCAAUUCACAAUUAUAACGAACACGUUACCCCGUCCGCAUUUGUCCCGUAUCCAAAACAUAAUCAGCUUUCCGAAAAACAGGCCUCGAAGACAGACGCGGAAACUUCAAAUAGUUCCGAUUCCCAGAACAAUGAGGGACAGUUCGCUGAGACUGGCACCUCUACCUCUCACAAAGCCACCGCGCCGAAGCCUCGCGUAUUCACGACUGUCCUACACCCUACUCCUCGUUCAAUGCAAGCCGAGCUGACUUUGCUCGCCACCACUCCUGAUCCAAGAGCUGUGAACAGAAAACAGCCCACACACUCACACACGCCUUCCUCAGCUCUAUCCCAAUCACCAGCUAUACCAACUGAUACGACUGAUAGCGGUCAUGUCACCAAGAGACAGAAAAUGCUCGUUGAGUCGCAAGAUCUUAUAGAAUGUGAAUCUAAAUUGACGAGAGCACUCGCACCGCCCCUUUUCUUAGAACCAGUGGAUAGCCUCGAUGCCGUGCAUGAUCUCCUGAAGUUUAUGGAGAGUCCGCUCCAUCGCGACAAACCACCCUCUCCGAAGAGAAGGAAACGAACAGUAGCAGAACUGGCUGCUGAUGAGGCGCUGGCGGCCGAGGAGGAGAGAUUUAUGCUUAUUAUGGACGAGCGAUUGGGUCCGACCGCUAACGGAGUUUCCGGGGGUCCGAAAUCUGCCGGUGUUGACGAAUCUGGUGGUGCUGCAGCAUUCGAGCCGCGCUUCGCUAGGUUUAAGACGCUAGAGAAUAUCCGCAUGCAGCAUGAAGAGAAGGCUAAGAGAGAACACGAACUGAAAAUCAAGCAAGAACUUGCUAAGAGGCAAGCGCAGGAGCAGGAAAGAGAACGGCGUCGUGCGAUUGAACAGCGGCAAGCGGAGGAGCAUGCUAAAGAAGAAGCUCGAAGACAGCAGCUCGCUGCUCAGCAAGCCCAGGCACAGCUUACCGCUCAGCAACAGAGUAGACAUAUUUUGGCACAAGCCAACGGUGUGCCUCAACGACAACAAACUUCGCCGGUUGUUCGUAACCAGACACCCCAGAGCAUUUCUUCUCCUUUGGUUGGCAAUGUCAUGGCUACUCGAGGCGGCGUACCAAUGAGCAUAACGGCAUCUGCAGGUAGUCCCCAGAGGCCUCCUUCAGCGUUGCAACAUGCCCAUCCGAAUGUCAUGGGCCAUCCAAUGGCUCCGACCACGAGUCAACAGAGUCGAAAUGGAACACCACAGAUGACGCAUGGGACGCCUGCCAUGUCUCAUACUACCCCUGUCAUGCGUAAUGCUACACCUACACAGCGUAUGAGUCACGGUAGUCCUAGCCAUUCGACCAUGGCUCCGACUCCAGUGACAACGCACUCUAUGAUGGGGACCCCGCAAAUGGGCAAUGGAAUGGGACUCACACCGCAGCAGCAAUACUUGAUGCAACAAAGACAGCAACAGUUGUUAGCGCAGCAAAGACAUCUAGCGUCACAUGGGCAAUUCAGUCCUCAGCAGAUGGCGCAAAUGCAAGCCAACUCCCAAGCCAUCCGACAGCAGCAAAUUCUGCAGGCCCAGCAGAACCAACAGUCGCAGAUGCAAAACUUCCAGAACCCGCAACAGCAGCAGGCCUACCAAGCUCAGAUUAUGCGUGCACAACUAGCCCAACUCCAAAUGGCCCAGCAGCAGCAACAGCACCAGACGCAAAACCAGCAAAAUCAAAUCCACCAAACAAAUCCGCAAAUGACCCCCCAGCAACAACAAAUGCUAAUGGCUGCUGCCCAAGCCAAUGGCGGCCAUGUCCCGCAAAAUUUUCAAGGUCACUCUUGGGCUCUGCGAUACCAGACUCUUUAUGAACAGAAGUUACUCCAGUUGCGGAGUGAUAUGGCCAAAAAUACAUGGGUCAAUAUGGACCUCCCACGCAGUAUCCGCCUCAAGUGGCACAGCAGUACAACGCUGGACUUGAACAGGCUGCCAAAGCUUGGAUCCAAGAGUAUAUGCGUCGCGAUGCUCAGCAACGUCAGCGUGCUGUUCAGGCACAAAUUUUGCAGCAGCAACAACAGCAGCAGCAGCAGCAGCAGAAUCUGAUGCAAAGCGGAAUGAACAAAUAAUGGUUUUUUCUUGCCCUCUUUUUUCUAACCUCCCUUUUAUUGGCCAGGGGGGCAUUGGAGUUUUCUUUUUUUCCCAUGAAGUGGAAGUUUAGUUUGACGGUUUACCGGAUACAUAAUGCCCUUUGCAUCGGCUUGAGAUCAGGAUAUGAUUUUUGGUGUCAUUUUUUUAACGUUGGAUUGGUUUUCGGGCGGCGAACUUUUUUCCUCUUCUUUUUCCCUUUUUCUCAUCAACCUCUUUUUUAUCUGCUCCUACCAAUUACCUUUUUACAUCAUUCCAUUCUACCCGUCCACUUUGGUCUUUUUUUAUAUUUUACUUGGCACUGUACAAGGAGCAAGUUGUUCAAAGGUUCUGAACUGUGAAAGAAGGGGCGUUUUCUCGUUUUCAUUCAAUGUUUGGUAUUUGGUAUUACAGUAAAUGUCUUUGUUUUCUUUUCUCUUUGUUGCCUUUUUUUCUUUCCUUUUUCAGGUCAAUCGGGGGGUGACGCUCUGAAGGCAGACAAGCCUUGGCUUGAAAAUUGGAAGGCUUGUCUUGAUACCAUGUGCUUCUUUUUUUUUUUUUUUUUUGCUUCGUCGCCUUGGAAUGUAUGCAUACGUGUACAUUGAUUUUAUUGAAGUCAACUAAUGCAUUUUCCUUUUUCCUUUUCCUUUUCCUUUUUUUUAUAUCUCAUUAUUCUGGAAUGUUUAUUAAGAUAAAGAAUAAUAGGAAUGAGAAAUGUAUAUGAAUCUUCAAUCGGG